UGAUGGCCGUGGCGGCAGCCUCACCACGUGACCCGGACGGGCGGAAGCGGAAGUGCCGGCCCGGAGCCCGCGCCCGGCGGGUGUCUCCUUUGCGCUGCCCAGCAGCCGCUUGCACCAGCCAUGGACUGCUACACGGCGAACUGGAACCCGCUCGGGGACUCUGCCUUUUACCGGAAAUAUGAGCUGUACAGCAUGGACUGGGACCUGAAGGAGGAACUCAGGGAUUGCCUGGUAGCUGCUGCGCCCUACGGGGGCCCCAUUGCACUGUUGAGGAACCCGUGGCGGAAGGAGAAGGCUGCCAGCGUACGGCCAGUGCUUGAGAUCUAUUCUGCUUCCGGCUUGCCUCUGGCCAGUCUGCUGUGGAAGAGUGGGCCUGUGGUGUCCCUAGGCUGGUCAGCUGAAGAGGAGCUGCUCUGCGUGCAGGAGGAUGGUGGAGUGCUGGUAUACGGGCUUCACGGUGACUUCCGGAGACAGUUCAGCAUGGGCAAUGAGGUGCUCCAGAACCGGGUUCUGGAUGCCCGGAUCUUCCAUACUGAGUUUGGUUCAGGGGUGGCCAUCCUCACCGGGGCCCACCACUUUAUUCUCAGUGCCAAUGUCAGUGACCUCAAACUCCGCCGGAUGCCAGAGGUGCCAGGUCUGCAGGGUGCACCUUCAUGCUGGACCGCCCUCUGCCAGGACCGAGUUGCACACAUUCUUCUGGCUGUGGGGCCUGAUCUUUACCUCCUGGACCAGUCCGCUUGCUCCGCAGUGACACCCUUUGGCCUGGCGCCAGGAGUGAGCAGCUUCCUGCAGAUGGCUGUCUCCUUCACCUACCGACACCUGGCACUCUUCACGGACACAGGCUACAUCUGGAUGGGGACAGCAUCACUCAAGGAGAAGCUGUGUGAGUUCAACUGUAACAUCCGGGCCCCCCCGAAGCAGAUGGUCUGGUGCAGCCGCCCUCGCAGCAAAGAGAGGGCCGUUGUGGUGGCCUGGGAGAGGCGGCUAAUGGUGGUGGGUGAUGCGCCCGAGAGCAUCCAGUUUGUGCUGGACGAAGACUCCUAUUUGGUUCCUGAGCUGGAUGGGGUCCGCAUCUUCUCUCGUAGCACCCACGAGUUCCUACAUGAGGUUCCAGUGGCCAGCGAGGAGAUCUUCAAAAUUGCCUCGAUGGCCCCUGGAGCGCUGUUGUUGGAGGCCCAGAAGGAGUAUGAGAAAGAGAGCCAGAAGGCAGAUGAGUACCUACGGGAGAUCCAGGAGCUGGGGCAGCUGACCCAGGCCGUGCAGCAGUGCAUCGAGGCCGCGGGACAUGAGCACCGGCCAGACAUGCAGAAGAGCCUGCUCAGGGUUGGCCUGCACAGCGGGGCUGCUGGGGGGCUGGUGCUGGGCUGGGGGGCUGGUGCUGGGCAGGGGGUGUGCUGGCAGGAGGGGUGUGUGUGUGGGGUAAGAUCUCUUCUCUUGACCUCUGGCUCUUCUCAGGCGGCCUCCUUUGGGAAGUGUUUCCUCGACAGAUUUCCACCUGACAGCUUCGUGCGCAUGUGUCAGGACCUGCGUGUGCUCAAUGCCAUUCGGGACUAUCACAUCGGGAUCCCCCUCACUUAUAGCCAAUAUAAGCAGCUCACCAUCCAGGUGCUGCUGGACAGGCUUGUGUUGCGGAGGCUUUACCCCCUGGCGAUCCAGAUUUGUGAGUACCUGCGCCUUCCUGAAGUGCAGGGCGUCAGCAGGAUCCUGGCCCACUGGGCCUGCUACAAGGUGCAACAGAAGGACGUGUCCGACGAGGAUGUUGCUCGGGCCAUUAACCAGAAGCUGGGGGAUACGCCUGGCGUCUCUUACUCUGACAUUGCUGCGCGGGCCUAUGGCUGUGGCCGCACAGAGCUGGCCAUCAAGCUGCUGGAGUAUGAGCCACGCUCUGGGGAGCAGGUACCCCUUCUCCUAAAGAUGAAGAGGAGCAAACUGGCGCUGAGCAAGGCCAUUGAGAGUGGGGACACUGAUCUGGUGUUCACGGUGUUGCUGCACCUGAAGAAUGAGCUAAAUCGAGGAGAUUUUUUCAUGACUCUUCGGAACCAGCCCAUGGCCCUGAGUUUGUACCGACAGUUCUGUAAACAUCAGGAGCUAGAGACGCUGAAGGACCUCUACAAUCAGGAUGACAACCACCAGGAGCUGGGCAGCUUCCACAUCCGAGCCAGCUAUGCUGCAGAGGAGCGUAUCGAGGGGCGGGUUGCAGCUUUGCAGACAGCAGCUGACGCCUUCUACAAAGCCAAGAACGAGUUCGCAGCCAAGGCCACAGAGGAUCAAAUGAGGCUCCUACGGCUGCAGAGACGCCUAGAAGAUGAGUUGGGGGGCCGGUUCCUGGACUUGUCUCUACACGACACGGUCACUACCCUCAUCCUUGGAGGCCACAACAAGCGUGCAGAGCAGCUGGCACGUGACUUCCGCAUUCCUGACAAGAGGCUCUGGUGGCUGAAGCUGACUGCCCUGGCCGAUCUGGAAGACUGGGAGGAGCUAGAGAAGUUUUCAAAGAGCAAGAAAUCACCCAUUGGCUACCUGCCCUUUGUUGAGAUCUGCAUGAAGCAACACAACAAAUAUGAGGCCAAGAAGUAUGCCUCCCGUGUGGGUCCGGAGCAGAAGGUCAAGGCCUUGCUUCUCGUUGGGGAUGUGGCUCAGGCCGCAGAUGUGGCCAUCGAGCACAGGAACGAAGCAGAGCUGAGCCUUGUAUUAUCCCACUGCACUGGAGCCACAGAUGGGGCCACAGCCGACAAAAUUCAGCGGGCUAGGGCACAAGCCCAGAAGAAGUGAGGGGCUCACCCCACACAUCUCCUUGAGCUGUAGCCUUGGCCGAAGCGUCACUGCGCAUCCAGCUUCUCCCCCAGAGCUAAGCUGAGGAGCUGGGGUGGGGUUGGAGCCAGGGGUCUGGAUGUAAAUAAAGUUGGGACAUUUUAGAGUG